GUUACUUUCGGGUGGUACUACUUGAAUGUAUCUGCCUUCGACCCCUAUGCCCAUGGCUCCCGAGUGGCCACUCUCCGACUCCGACUCGUGGGUGUUAUGCUUGCAUCCUCGGCGUUGCCGCACGCCGUACCUGACAUUCGCUCGUCCUUACUCGUCCUCGCGCCUCUCAUCACCUCAUCCUCACCCAUCUCUGCCAGCCAUUCGCCCUUCCCUGCCUACUCGUUCCCGUCCGCGCCCGCUGUCUGCUGACCCUCCCUGUUCAUAGCUGAGCCCGCGCCCGUGGUCCGCUUGUCGGCUGCACUUCACGCGGGGGCUUUGCCCUGCAUGCUCGCUGAAGCUGAAAUUUCGCCCUCGCCCUUGCGCUCGCGGUCGACGUAUACGCUGUCACCUACUCGCUCGCUCGCCCUCCUGCUCUCCAUGUACUCGCUUGCUUACCCGUCCGAUUGCCCCUCCACGCCUGCUCACCUGUCCGCCGGCUCGCCCACCUGCCCGCUUGCUCUGCACGCGUUCGUCGGCCAUGUCUGUGUGCCGGGCAUUCGCCUGGCGCGCUCGCGGUCGGCGUGCGCGUCGCGCUUCAUGUCGCCACGGCGACUGCGCCCUGCGCCUGCCCAUUCUGUCUCUACGACUCCUUCGGCCACUGUGCACCCGCCAUCCGUUCGUCGGCCCCGCCUCACGGUCGGCGUGUGCCUCUCGCUGGCCUGCUCGUCCGCCCGCCGCCUAUUCAUCAGCCAUGCCUGCAUGCUUGUGAUCGUGAUGCGUCGGGCUGCACGUCGCCGCGUCCUGUGCCUGCAGUUAGCCCGCUCGCUCGCGUGUGUCUGCACUCACUGUGACGGUGGUCGUCUCCAUCGCUCCGCUCGGUGCACUCCUGUCACUCGUUGUCUGCACCUUACCGCUGCCCUGCUGAUCCGCGCCCUCCGAUGCCAGAGUGAGAAAUGAGCAUGAGGGUCGCGCGCGAGUCUAAGGAAUAAUGAGGACGACUCGGAGGAGGGAUGAAGUACAGU